AUGCCACGGGACUCACUUGAGACUGAGGACCCCGCGUGUGCUGACCCGGGGACGCCACGGGACUCAGUUGAGACUGAGGACCCCGCGCGUGCUGACUCGGGGACGCCACAGAACUCGAGACUGAGGACCCCGCGUCAGCUCAGCGUUCAGGAGGGGGCGCCUGCCCCCGAGGAGAACACAGACCUGCCUGGGAAGGUGCUGCCCGAGAAGUGUGCCCUGAUGUGGCCACACCUGGGGACGCAGGCUCCCCAGAGGCCCAUGUGAGAAAGCCAGCGGUUCCCAGGCUGGGGGUGCAGGACGGGCCAGGCACCGCCCUACAGGGCCUGCCCCCCAGCCCCCGCACCCUCACACCCAUCUUCCUCUCUCAGCCCGACCCCAGGGUCUGGGAGCCCCCAGCAGACCCGCCCUCCUUGCUGAACAGGGGCUGCCCUUUAUGGACUCGGCGCCUGGCAAAGCUGCUGUGGAGGAGGAGUUGGCUGUUAUGGUCGGGGGAGGCAGCCCUUGGGUUGUCAAGGUUGGUGGUCAAGGUUGAACCCAUAUCCGCUGGAAUCUCCUGGUCUGUUCCACACACGAUCAUGUGGGAAGCUCUGGGACCCGAAGGCCGUUCUGAUCUCAGGGGUCACAAGUUCUCACAGCAGCCUGGGGUCACCAGAGACCAGACCUGGCGUUAGCCUCUGUAAGGAGCUGCCUGGCUGCUGGGCUGAGCUUUGCUGCAGGCCCAGGAAGAUGACCAAGAAGGACAGAGCAGAGCCCCAUCCGCCACGGCUGGGAGGGCCCCGGGGAGCACGUGCACAGCAGAACCCCAUCCGCCACUCCCUGGGCUGGAAGAGGCUUCCUCGGUAUGGAUGGCAGCUGUUAACGAGCAGUGGUGGUGCAGCUGGAGGCCUCUGUCCCAUGGGGACACAGACAUGGGGGAAGGAUGGCGGAUGGGUGUGCACACUUGGGAGGACGGGCGGGCAGCACAGGUGCGAGCAGGUGGCAUAGGCGCACGAGAAGGGUGUGUCUGAGACAGGAUGUUUAUCCCAAAUGCCAGGAGUGUACGAGGUGGACGAGUGGCCAUGA